AAAUAAAUGAACACACACCAUUGGUGAAGCCACCUCUCCUAGUUGGAAAAGCACUUUAAAUAAAAUCCGAAAGUAUGGAUUGCACGUGCCGAUCAGCCUCCCCCUAAAAAAAGAAAAAGAAUGAGAAUGAUAGCCAAAGUAGAACAACCAAAUAUUUGCUGCAUUCUCUCAUCUCCAUCUAAUCUAGUAAUCAUUUAGUAUAUAAUUUCUAGAUCUAGCAAUAAUAUUAUUCCUAGUUUUCUAUAAUAUAUACCCCCACUUUUCAACUCUCUAAAUCUCAGCAUCAUCGAUUUCAUCGAAAACCCUAAAUUACUCACCUUUUUGUAUCUUGGUUGAGGAUGAGACAGAGGAAGAAAUCGAAUACAGAGGUGUCACAGCAGCAAGACCAACACCAGAAUGCUCACUUGUCUAAGUUCAGACAACUUUUCGAUCCCGAAGCUUCUUGGGAUAAGGAUCAACUGGGUGAUGUAUUGCAUUGGACUAGACAAUUGAUGGCUCUUGUUUGUGGAUUAAUAUGGGGCGCCAUUCCUUUGGUUGGUGGCGUCUGGUUUAUGCUGUUUCUUGCGCUUUCAACCGGUAUUAUCUACUGUUAUUAUGCGCUGGUGCUAAAAGUUGAUGAAGAAGAUUUUGGUGGGCAUGGAGCUCUCCUACAAGAAGGGCUUUUUGCUUCUAUGACACUCUUUCUGCUUUUUUGGACCCUAGUCUACAGUUUGGCUCACUUUUGAUGCGGGCUUCUCAAUUUCACCGAGCUUCCCGUCUCUUCGCAAGUCAGAACUCAUAUUUUGGUAGAUGUACCAGGUGUUAUUUUUGUUGUUGUUGGGAUGGAGUUCCCAAAAAGACAACGUUGGCCAAUUUUUCGACUGUGCAAUAUUAUCUUCAGUGUAAUCUGAAACAUGGCAGCUUUCCAUUUCAAACAUAGUUUAAGAUGUAUUUGUUCAGCAUUAUUUGCUCCAAGUGCAGAUCAUGCUUUGACUCAACAACUAUGCUAGUUUCUUAGGUAGAUAGAAAUGCUUAUAUUAAUGCUUUUUCUUUAUA